CUGCCUCUCUCUCUCUCUCUCUCUCUCUAAUUUUUAUUUUUAAAAUUAACUUUUAUUUUUCUCUUGAAAUUUUCUUCUCUCUAUUUUCUGUUAUGCUCUGUUUCCCCUGUUUUUCGCCUCCUAUUCUCAAGGGUCAACUAAACAUAUAUGCAUAUACCAGAGUGUAUAUUUCUGUUAUAGAAUCAAUUAAAGAGAAAUCUUCAAGUGGAUUUUAGUUAAAGCAGAAUCAUGGCUCGAGAACUAGCCGGGUCUAGUCGGAGCUUGCUGUGGAGCAGUGAUGAUUGGAAUGGUAAUGGCGGAUAUCAGAACCCAUUACAUGGGUUUGUUAAUCACGAAAAUGAUCAGCUCCAAGGUGAUGAUUAUGUCUACUUGCUUCGCUGCACUGAAGCUGCUAAUAACAAGAUUAAGGAAACCCCAAAAGAAAACAUUAAACAGAUCAAGGUGGCUGAUACCCUCUUGAGUUUACGCCCAUUUGGUUUAAAACUCAACCUCACCCCCCAUUUCUUAGAUAAACUGGAGGAGGAUCUCAACGGUUAUAGAAGUGCAGCAAAGGCUCACCAUCAUCCGAAGGUUGAUGAUUUUAGUUCCCAGCCAAUUUCUGAGAAGUUGAAGGCAUCUAACUUCUCAGCUUUGUUACUUAGAAUUGGCAACUGGGAGAGAAGAUCCAGGAAUGAAGGUGAGCUUGUAGCUAAAUGUUAUUAUGCUAAGAGGAAGUUAGUGUGGGAAUUCUUGGAAAGGGGUUUGAAAAGCAAGAUUGAAAUUCAAUGGAAUGAUAUAAUAGCCAUGAGAGCUAAUAUUCAGGAGAAUCAGCCUGGAAUUCUUGAACUUGAGUUGAACCAACCUCCUACCUUUCACGAGGAAACUGAUCCACAGCCAAGAAAACACACUAUUUGGCGACCCACAUCAGAUUUCACUGGAGGCCAAGCUUCUAUUUACAGGAGGCAUUAUGUUAUAUUUCCUUCCGGAUCUCUUGACAAACACUAUGAGAAACUUAUACAAUGUGACAGCAAGUUGUAUGAAUUAUGCCAGAAACCUUUCCCAAGUCGAAAAUCUCCUUACUUUGAGACAAAGGAUUGUAGUUUUACAAAUUUUUCUUUGGAUUACCAUCCGAAUAGCCGAGAUAUCAACCUUGGUUCGCAAUUCAAUUUUGACAUUCCACCUCCUUUGGUGACUACCCAACAAGUUCAAUCUUACCAGCAAGCACCUCUGCCAUCUUUUAAGGAAACGCCUUCACCCAUAUCAGUUAUGGAUUUUUUGCAUCCAGAUGAGCAUAUUAGCAACAAUGUAAUUGAGAAUCCAAGAAUAUCAAUAUGGGGACAAGGGAUAAACAACAAUUUAGCACCUGCAGAUGCUUUUGCUCCUAGUACUGCUUCAUUCAUCCAAGUGAAUCCAGUUGUUCCUUACCAAGAUUACAACAACCCAUUAAGUUACAAUCAAGGAGGUGAUCCUUACGUUGUGCAUAAAAUGUUAAAUAAUCUUGCAGACCAUUUGUUUACUGAUAGCAAGGUAGAAGGUUAUGACGAGAAGUAUUACAUGGCAAGAGUGGAAUCAUUGAAUGCUUUGGUCAAUCUCUCCCAAGAAGAGAAGCCUGCAAGUGAACAUAUUUCACAGCAUACAUUCUAUGGACGAGAAACAAGUUCUGCUGAUGACAUGGUUUUGGAUACCAGUGAGCAAGCAAUUGGAUUUGGCGUUAAACAAGUCCAUCAACAGCUUGUUUCUUGCUUGUCUUCUCAUAUCUGUCCUAACAAUCCAACAAUGCAUCAACUUUGGAGCAACACGUCCUAUCCUUCUGUGAAUCCUGACCUAGGGUUGCAAAAUGUUGACCUUGUCAAUAACCUUAAUCAAUUCAAAAAUUGGACUCUCUGAUAUGGGAUUUUAGAUGGUAGAUGUAACAUGCACAAAUUAGCAUCUUCUCAUGUCCAUAUAGGUUUUUUGUUUCCUUUCUUCUUCCUUAAAUUAACCCCUUUCCCCAAUUUAGUCAAUUAGAUCGAUCUUCUAAUCAAUGCAAAUGUCAAGAGUAGGAAAUUUAUGAAUCAAAUGAAAAUUUUCAAUUA